AUGCCCAUCCGCGUUAAGCUAAAGAAGCUACCGGCGCCCCGAGCGCCGUCUCCCGGCCCGUCUGGCUUUGUUUAUGUCGAGCUGCCUGACAUUCGUGAAGGCGAUAGCUUCCGAGAUGUUAUCAAGAAGUUUUCUCGUUACUUCUCUGCUAUUAUCACUCUGCCGCACACGUUUGAGCAGUUGAGGACUUCUUCAAGUGAACUUCGUUCGCUAGUCGACCAUCUGGCCUUGAACUGCUCCAAUCCGACCAUCGUGAAUGCCUUGCUGGCAUUGAAAUGGCACUAUGUCGCCGACGACAAGACCCGCGACCUCAGCGCGUCUCGCGCACAUGCUUGUGAGAUCGUCGCCUGGAGGUUCUUGUCUCGUCUGUCCGAGAGAGAAGCAGUAGACUACUGUCUAUACGAGAUCCCCGAACUCGAGGAACCCGAACCCAUUCCCGACACCAUUCCGGAGGAGUCCACUAGUACCGAACACUCUCCUCUUCUUCCUCGCUCCAAUGGUGGCUCCUACGGCAGACGGUCCAUGGCCACCACUGUCAACUCUGUUAAACGCGGUCAACUUUUGCAAUCCCUCUCGCGUUUGACGGCCAGUUUCAGUGUUGAGGAGGGUGAGGAAGUGGAAGAGGAUCCAACUGCACCCUUCCGCGGCCUCAAUGCCCUCGAGAUAGCCGCCAUCUCAAACUCCAAGGAAUUCCUCGGUCAAGCCGUUGUCCAGAAGAUUAUUACCGCCAUUUGGAAUGGUGAUAUAAUUUUCUGGGACAGACUCGACGUCUUGGCCGUCAAGAAGCCGAGGUACUAUAACCCUGCAACGGCUGACCCCUUCUCCCGCUUGCGUGUCCCUAAAUAUCUCAAGGCUUGGGAGAUCGUCUUUUUCCUCGGCUUCAUGGCUAUUUACUACACCGUACUUGUGGAGCGUGACGUCGACGUCAUUACUCGCGCCGAAUAUGUUCUUUACAUCUGGCUUGCCGCAUUCUUGUACGAUGAGAUCAGCGCCUGGAACGAUGCCGGUUCCAUGUUUUACACCUCCGACCUCUGGAACGUAUUUGACAUGAUCAUGAUUAGCCUUGGUAUCACCUUUGCUAUACUCAAGAUAAUUGGUAUCAUCACGCAUAAUCAGCAGGCAGUCGAAGUUGCCUUUGACAUAUUCGCCUUGGAAGCUCUGUUCAUGGUGCCUAGAAUCUGCUCGUUCCUUAGCUUGAGCCCUUACUGGGGCACACUGAUUCCCUGCUUCAAGGAGAUGGGCAAAGACUUUGUCAAAUUCAUGAUUUUGGUCAUCAUCAUCUACUGCGGCUUCCUUACUACCUUCUCCCUCGUCGGGCGAAACACGUUUACCUUUGCGAAUAUGACCAUGAUUCUUACCAAAAUCUUCUUCGGCUCGAGCGGAACCGGUAUCGAGAUUAUGGACGACAUUGACCCCGUCUUCGGCCCGCCGCUCAUGCUCCUCUUCAUCUGUCUCAGCUCCUUCCUCCUUACCGGCUCCCUCACCGGUAUGCUGUCCAAUAGCUUCUCCCGCGUCAUUACCCAGGCUAGGUCGGAAUACCUCUUCGUUUACAGCAUCUAUGUGCUCGAGGCGUCCACGAGCAACCGCCUGACCCACUUCCUGCCGCCCUUGAACCUGGUUUCCCUCAUCAUCUUCCGACCCCUUCGCUUGUUUUUCCACUCAGCCACCAAGUUCCGCGCCGGCCGCAUCGCCCUGCUCAAGAUCACCCACCUCCCCAUUGUCGGCGUUAUCAAGCUGUAUGAGUCGAUCCGCUGCAGGAACAUUCAGGACGAGUUCGCCGGCUUUAGGGGCCCCACCUUCAGCCAGGAGGAUACGCUGCGGGCGAGCCUCCACAAGCAGCCGUCCUCAGCGGACAGCAAAUCUGCGGAGGCGGACGCCAAGGAGAGCUCGGCCAAUGACGGGAGCUUGGUGCUCUCGCAGAUGGAGACGAGGGUGAACGAGAUGGCGAGCAAGAUUGACCGACUAACUUUAAUUCUGUUGACUAUGCAGGAGAAGCAGGAAGAGCAUCAACAGCAGCUGCAGCGCGAGAAAGAGGAGAGAGAAAAGAAGGAAAAGGAAAAGGAGGAGAGAGAGCAGAAAGAAAAGGAAGAGAGGGAGCAGCGGGAGAAGGAAGAGAAAGAGAAGCGAGAGAAGGAAGAAAGAGAGCUAAAGGAAAAGGAAGAGAAGGAGGCAAGGGAGAAGAAGGAGAGAGAGGAGAGGGAACAGAAGGAGAAGGAGGAAAGAGAGCAGAGAGAAAAGGAAGAGAGGGAGAAGCAGGAGAAAGAAGAGAAGGAAAGGAAGGAGAAGGAGGAAAGAGAGCUAAAGGAAAAGGAAGAGAAGGAGAAGAAGGAGAAAGAGGAGAAAGAGCUAAAGGAAAAGAAGGAGAGAGAGGAACAGGAGCAGAAGGAAAGAGAGGAGAAAGAAAAGAAGGAGAGGGAAGAGAGAGAGUUGAAGGAAAAGGAGGAAAAGGAGAAGAAGGAACGGGAAGAGAAGGAGAAGAAAGAAAAGGAGGAGAGAGAGCUGAAGGAAAGGGAGGAGAAAGAAAUGAAAGAGAGGGAAGAGAGGGAGCUGAAGGAGAAGGAGGAAAAGGAAAAGAAGGAGAGGGAGGAAAGGGAACAGAAAGAGAGGGAAGAAAAGGAAAAGGAAGAAAGAGAGUUGAAGGAAAAGGAGGAGGCUGAAAAGAAGGAGAGAGAAGCGAAGGAACAGGAGGAACGGGAGCAGAAGAAGGACCACGACGACCAGAAGCCCGAUGACGAAUAA